AUGGCCAAUUCUCCAGACUGGCAUUCUAUGAUCGCGUCUCUUCACUCUUUUUCAUUUAUUCUUAUUUUAAUUUCUUUCUUCCACCCACUUUUAAUUCUUUAUUGUUUUUUUUUUAACCUUUCUUUCUUUUCGUUUUUUUUUUCUAAUCCCCACUCUCUCUUAACCUUUUACUUUCUUUGUUUCUCUGUCAAUCCCUCUCUUUUUCAGCUUUCUUUUAUCCUCCCUCGUCAGCUUUUCUUCGUCCUCUACAUUUUCCAUAUUCUUAGUCCCAGUUUUUUUUAUUUAAAAAAUUGCUCCUCCCUCUCAGUCUUAUUUAUUAACUCUUUCUUUCCCCCCCCGUUGUAUCUCUUACACCCUCCCUUUAUUCUAUGUUAUAGUUUCUCCGCACUCCUUCCCCCUCUCGUUGGAAUCAUUACCUUAUCGUCCUCUCCGGGUGGUCUACUGCAAUCCUACUGCCGGCUUUGCAGUAGUCUCUCCAUCUUUCUCCCUUGCAGCAGUAGAAGGAGGCAGCAGCCCAGUGCCUUCAACCUCGUCUGUCUCCUCGCCAUGCCAGGUGGAAUAAAAAAAGACGAUGAUCUUUCCGAAGAUAUGGAGGUUGAUGAAGGUGCUGAAGAAGAGGAAGAAACUGAAGAUGUUGGAGGUGGUGAAGACGUCACAAUGUCGACUCCUGAAGUCAUUACCGAGAAACGAUCGAAAAAGAAGAAGUCUAAAGAUGCCAGUGAAAAGAAGAAGCGUUCCAAGAAGAAGAAAAAGGUGAUAAGGCCAAUGGACAGUGGAGGAGAGGAUAGUGACUCCAUCGUUCAGCAGUCUGACCAUGAUAGCGAAGAAAUUUCUCCAAAGGAGAAGAAGAAAAAGGCCAAAAUUCAAGAACGGGAGAAAACCUCUGAUGAAAUUUGUGCCGAGUAUGGUCUCAAUAAUGUUGAUGUAGAAUUCUGUGCUGAAGACUACCAGACCCUAAACAAUUACAAAGCAUUCAGCCAGUUUAUCCGACCUCUAAUCACAAAAGAGAAUCCUAAGAUUGCCAUGGCCAAAUUGGUCACCAUUGUUGCUGCAAAAUGGAGAGAAUUCUGUGAGAAGAAUCCUCACAAAUCCAAAGCCAAACAGCGAGCCAUUGAAGAUGAACAGCUGGAUGCAGUUUUACGUGAUAACCAGGAUGGCGAGGGUAGUGAAGCCGCAGAGGAGAGCAGCCCUUCUAAGUCCAAAAAGAGUAAAUCAAAGAAAGCUGUGGCUCCUCUGAAAAUAAAGAUUACUAAAAAGAAAAAGAGAAGGAAGGCUAGUACGGAUGAUGAUGACACCGGCUUCAAUACAAGUGAUGAAGAAUUUGAACGUCAACUGGAAGAAGCCAGCAUUAUCAGUGAUAGCAAAGCUGAAGCAAGUGCGGGUCGAAAGAAAACGAAACGAACAAAAACGAAGAAAAAGAAAACCAAAACAACUAGCAAGUACCCUGAUGAUGGCGAUGGAGAAGGUUACGAGACUGACCAUCAGGAUUACUGUGAGGUGUGUCAGCAGGGUGGUGAAAUCAUUCUGUGUGACACGUGUCCAAGGGCUUACCAUCUCGUCUGUCUAGACCCUGAGUUGGAAGAAGCCCCCGAAGGGAAAUGGAGCUGUCCUCACUGUAAUGUUGAAAAGGUUCAUGAGAAACAGAACCAAACGCCAAAGGAGGGGGAUGUGGGCCCAGUAAUUGAAUGUGAACCCCUAAAAGGAAAAGUUCACAAAAUUCUCACCUGGAGAUGGUCCGAACCCCCCAAAGCAGGGGAAGAUGAGUUAGAUCACACACACCAUAAUGAAAAGAAAACAGAACACAAACCCACUCGGGAAUUCUUUAUCAAAUGGCAGGACAUGUCCUAUUGGCAUUGCAGCUGGAUUUCUGAAUUGCAGUUGGAUGUGUAUCAUCCUGCUAUGUAUCGAAAUUACAUGCGCAAAAAUGAUAUGGAUGAACCUCCACCACUGGAAGAUGGCAGCACAUAUGGCCAGAAGGAACGCAGUGACCAGGACAAUUCUGAUAACCUGGAAGAGAGGUUCUACAGAUACGGUGUGCGGCCAGAGUGGUUGCAGGUCCACAGAGCAAUCAACCACAAAGUGACCCGUGAUGGAAAAGUGUGGUACUUAAUGAAAUGGCGAGAUUUACCUUACGAUCAAUCCACCUGGGAAUGCGAAGAUACACUUAAAGAUUUGAAUCUAGACUGGAAAAAAUAUGUUGAUGAUUAUGAAAACCUCAGGGCUAUGAUGUAUGGCUCUAGAGAUGACAUGAAAAAGAAGAGUAAAGUGAAGGGCAAGAAAAACAAGGAUGGCAAAGAGAGAGAUUCUGACACUCCAACUCGAACAACAGCACCUCUCUACCCAACCACUGAUCUUCGAAAGAAACAGGAUAUUCAGCCAGAAUACAUUGACUCAACUGGUGGUACUUUACAUGGCUAUCAAUUGGAAGGCUUGAACUGGUUGCGCUAUUCCUGGGCCAAUGGCACCGACACCAUUUUGGCUGAUGAAAUGGGUCUUGGCAAAACCAUUCAAACGAUUACAUUCCUCUACUCUUUGUUCAAAGAAGGUCACUCUCGAGGCCCUUUCCUUGUUAGUGCACCCCUCUCAACCAUUAUCAAUUGGGAGAGAGAAUUUGAAUUCUGGGCUCCAGAGUUGUAUGUUGUCACUUAUGUAGGAGACAAAGAUAGCCGUGCGGUGAUCAGAGAACACGAGUUCUCAUUUGAUGAGGGAGCAAUCAGAGGUGGAAGUAAGGCUUGCAAAAUGAAGCAAGGCUACAAUGUGAAAUUCCAUGUUCUACUCACAUCAUAUGAAUUGGUCAGCAUUGACCAAGCUACGCUGGGUUCUGUUGAAUGGGCUGUUUUAGUCGUAGACGAAGCUCACAGGUUGAAAAAUAAUCAAUCAAAGUUCUUCCGUGUUUUAAGUGCUUAUAAAAUUGGUUACAAGCUACUGCUGACUGGGACUCCUCUGCAAAAUAAUCUGGAAGAACUUUUCCAUUUACUCAACUUCAUGAGUCCUGAAAACUUCAAUGACCUCCAAGGCUUUUUAGAUGAAUUUGCUGAUUUGUCUAAGGAAGAACAAGUGAAGAAACUCCACGAUUUGCUUGGUCCCCAUUUACUUCGACGUCUGAAAGCUGACGUACUUAAAGGAAUCCCAGCGAAGAGUGAGUUCAUCGUGCGUGUAGAACUUAGUCCCAUGCAAAAGAAAUAUUACAAAUAUAUUCUUACACGUAAUUUUGAGGCACUCAACUCUAAAGGAGGGAAUCAAGUAUCUCUGCUGAACAUCAUGAUGGAUUUGAAGAAAUGUUGCAACCACCCAUAUCUCUUCCCUAUUGCCUCAGCAGAAGCACCUCGUUUACCCAACGGUGCAUUUGAAGGAAACAGUUUAAUCAAGGCUUGCGGGAAAUUAGAUUUAUUGCAUAAUAUGCUGCGGCUGCUCAAAGACGGUGGUCAUCGAGUAUUGAUUUUCUCACAGAUGACCAAAAUGUUAGACAUUCUUGAAGAUUUCUUGGAAUUUGAAGGUUACAAAUAUGAAAGAAUUGAUGGUGGCAUCACGGGGGCCCAACGUCAAGAUGCAAUUGACAGAUUCAAUGCCCCUGGUGCACCCCAGUUCUGUUUCCUACUGUCCACGCGUGCUGGAGGUCUUGGUAUCAAUUUGGCAACAGCUGACACUGUUAUCAUUUAUGAUUCAGAUUGGAACCCUCACAACGACAUUCAGGCAUUCAGUCGAGCUCACCGAAUCGGACAAGCCAACAAGGUGAUGAUUUACCGCUUUGUGACAAGAGCUUCAGUUGAAGAACGUAUCACUCAAGUGGCUAAAAAGAAGAUGAUGUUGACACAUUUAGUCGUGCGCCCUGGACUUGGCAACAAGGGAGGAACUAUGUCCAAACAAGAACUCGAUGACAUUUUGAAAUUUGGAACAGAAGAACUCUUCAAGGAAGAAAAUGGUGAAAGUGGGUUCUCUUCUUUAGAAGAAAUCUCUCUCUUUUAUACAAAAACGUGUGCAAAAUUCUUUUUGAAUGCCUUCCUUCCUUCUCUUCUUAACUUGUGUCUCUCUCUAUGUAUCUAUCUAUCUAUCUAUCUAUCACAUAACCUUACCUUUUCUCUCUCUCUUCCCCCGCCUUUCUCUCUCUCUUCCCCAGCGCCUUUUCUCUCUCUUCUUCCCCUUCAGCCUUUCUCUCUCUCUCUUCCCCUCUCGCCUUUCUCUCUCUCUCUUCCCCCGCGCCUUUCUCUCUCUCUCUUCCCCCGCGCCUUUCUCUCUCUCUCUUCCCCCGCGCCUUUCUCUCUCUCUCUUCCCAGCCUUUCUCUCUCUCUUCCCCUCGCCCCUUUCUCUCUCUCUCUUCCCCGCCUUUCUCUCUCUCUCUUCCCAGCGCCUUUCUCUCUCUCUCUUCCCCCCCCUUUCUCUCUCUCUUCUUCCCCUUUCUCUCUCUCUCUUCCCCUCUUUCUCUCUCUCUCUCUCUCUCUUCCUCUCUCUCUUUCCUCUCUCUCUCUCUCUCUCUCCCUUCCCUCUCUCUUUCUCUCUCUCUCUCUCUUCCCCAGCCUUUCUCUCUCUCUUCUCUCUCUCUCCCCUCUCUCCUCUCUCUCUCUCUCUCUCUCUCUCUCUUCCUUUCUCUCUCUCUCUCUCUCUCUCUUCCCCGCCUUUCUCUCUCUCUCUCUCUCCCCUUUCUCUCUCUCUCUCUUCCCUUAUUUCUUUCUCUCUCUCUCUCUCCCCAGCGCCUUUCUCUCUCUCUCUCUUCCCCUCGCCUUUCUCUCUCUCUCUUCUUCCCCCCUUCUCUCUCUCUCUCUCUCUCUUCCCCCUUUCUUUCUCUCUCUCUCUCUCCCCUUUCCUUUCUCUCUCUCUCUCUCUCCUUUCUCUCUCUCUCUCUCUCUUCUCUCUCUCUCUCUCUCUCUCUUCUUUCUUUCUCUCUCUCUCUCUCUUCCCCCCCCUCUUUCUCUCUCUCUCUUCCCUAGGCCUUUCUCUCUCUCUCUCUCUCCCCCACGCCUUUCUCUCUCUCUCUCUUCCCAGCCUCUCUCUCUCUCUCUCUCUUCCUUUUUUCUCUCUCUCUCUCUCUUCCCCCUUUCUCUCUCUCUCUCUCUCUUCCCAGCGCCUUUCUCUCUCUCUCUCUCUUCCUUCCCUUUCUCUCUCUCUCUCUCUCUCUUCCCCUCUUUUCUCUCUCUCUCUCUCUUCCCUAGCGCCUUUUUCUCUCUCUCUCUCUCUUCCCCGGCCUUUCUCUCUCUCUCUCCCUCCCUUUUUCUCUCUCUCUCUCUCUUCCCCCUUUCUCUCUCUCUCUCUCUCUCCCUUCGCCUUUCUCUCUCUCUCUCUCUCUUCCCCCCUUUCUCUCUCUCUCUCUCUCUUCAAAGGACGCCUUUCUCUCUCUCUCUCUCUCUUCCCCUUUCUCUCUCUCUCUCUCUCUCUUCCCCCCUUUUUUUCUCUCUCUCUCUCUCUCUUCCCCGCCUUUCUCUCUCUCUCUCUCUCUUCCCAGCCUUUUCUCUCUCUCUCUCUCUUUCUCUCUCUCUCUCUCUCUUCCCCGCGCCUUUCUCUCUCUCUCUUCCCCCGCGCCUUUCUCUCUCUCUCUCUUCCCAGCGCCUUUCUCUCUCUCUCUCUUCCCCCCCUUUCCUUUCUCUCUCUCUCUCUUCCCCCGCGCCUUUCUCUCUCUCUCUCUUCCUUCCCCCUUUCUCUCUCUCUCUUCCCCCGCGCCUUUCUCUCUCUCUCUCUUCCCCAGCCUUUCUCUCUCUCUCUCUUCCCCAGCGCCUUCUCUCUCUCUCUCUCUUUCCCCUCUCUCUCUUCCCCGCCUCUCUCUCUCUCUCUUCCCCCGCGCCUUUCUCUCUCUCUCUCUCUUCCCCAGCCUUUCUCUCUCUUUCUCCCUUUCUCUCUCUCUCUCUUCCCCUUUUUCUCUCUCUCUCUCUUCCCCCGCGCCUUUCUCUCUCUCUCUCUCUCUCUUUCUCUCUCUCUCUUCUCGCUCUCUCUCUUCUCUCUUCCUCUCUCUCUCUCUCUCUCUUCCCCAGCCUUUCUCUCUCUUUCUCUCUCUCUCUCUCUCCUCUUCCCCACGCCUUUCUCUCUCUCUCUCUCUCUUUCUCUCUCUCUCUUCCCCGCCUUUCUCUCUCUCUCUCUCUCUCUCUCUCUCUCUCUCUCUUCCCCGCCUUUCUCUCUCUCUCUCUCUUCUUUCUCUCUCUCUCUCUCUCUUCCUCUCUCUCUCUCUCUCUCUCUCUCUCUCUCUCUCUCUCUCUCUCUCUCCCCGCGCCUUUCUCUCUCUCUCUUUAUUUUUUUUUUCUUUUCUAG